AUGGCGUUUCUCGAAGACAAUUCCAUCACACGAUACACCACACCACCAAACAACUACAUUGGCUCAACUUUAUUCAUCUCCUAUAUUGUGGCCGCAUUAUAUCUUACAGCAACAAUCAGCUACUCGCUCUAUACAAAAUACACAAAUGUAUUCCACUCCGGUUCCUCCUCGUCACCGAGCAACUCCAAGCAGAAAGCCACUGAGGCAGUAAAAAAUGCGCGUGCCCGCCACAUCAAGAUAUACACAGCCCUGGCACUCAUCAGCUUCACCAGCAUCUCAUGGCACAUGCUCAGCUUCCUGAUCACCUCGUUCCUCGACUGGAACAACUACCUGCCCCGCAACAUCUUCACCGCACUCAGCGACCACGCCCCCCAAAAGCUGAAGACCUGGAUGCUCGAAACAAGCCUCUUCAACUCCUUCGCCGUCCAGCUCGUCGCCGACGGCGAAAGCGCUAUAUGGACCCAACUCGCGCUGCUCGCAACCUGGGCCUGGAACCUCUGGCUCGCGCACAAAGCUCGCCAGUACAACUUCACCCCCACACAGAUACUCCCGUUCAUAGUGCUAGGUCAAACACUGCCUAUAAGCUUCACCGCCGCGCUGUUUAUAAUCCACCUGCACCUCUCCGCACCCGAUCUCGUCGGCCAGAAGCAGCAACACCCCGAACAGCCCAACCGCCCCAUAGCCUCCCCCCUCAUCCCGUCGAUCCUCCUCAAUGCGCUCCUCCUCGCCCAGCCACCCCUGCGCUCGCAUCCCAACUUCUCCUUCCUCGUGCUCGCCGAACGCGUUCUCCUCACGCUGCCGCACACCGGACUAUUGCGGCUGGGCGGCGCAGAGGCGAAGAAAAGCGCGGCGGUUUCGGGGGGCUUUGUGGUGGCGCACUGGGCGGGGUUGAGGAAGGGCGUGAGUGUUUGGGGUGUGUGCAGGGCGCUGGUGGGAGGGGGAGGGGCGGUGAAGGCGUUGGGGUGGGAUGCUGUGAUGGGGGUGGUUGUGUGGGGGGUUCUGAGUUGGGGUGGUGGUGUGUAA